GACGCCAUGUUCAAAAGCCUGAAGCUUUAUUAGCAGAGCUGUUAGCUGUUCGUCACAAGAGUUUCAAUAAAGACUCGAGCUGUUCGCCAGAACAGUUUCAAUAAAGACUCGAGCUGUUCAUUAGAGGAGUUUAAAUAAAGACUCGGAUCGUUUGAAUAGACCUGGAGCGUUUCCAUCGCAGGGUGUGGAGCUGCAGCCACAUUACUGCACUCUGGGGUCUUUAGGAGCCAGGUCAUUGGUGGGAAUCGAACCGGCAAACUCCUGACAGCAGGUCCUGCUGAUGACCUUUGACCUCCUCGGGGACGCUGGGCAUCAUGAUGGAGCUACCGAACUACAGCAGCCAGCUGAUGCAGCAGCUGUGGAGCCUGAGGAAGGAGGGUCUGUUCUGCGACUGCACCAUCAUGGUGGGCGGGAGCCAGCGCCGGGCGCACAAGCUGCUGCUGGCCGCCUCCAGCAUGCUCUUCAGGUCUCUGCUGGACCACUCGGACACCAUCUCCAUCGACACGUCGGUGGUGUCGUCCCAGGAGUUCGACUGCCUCCUGGACAUGGUCUACACCGGGAAGCUGCCCUUGGGCAAGCACAACGUGAGCCGCAUGGUGGCCGCCGCCGACAGCCUGCAGAUGUUCGACGUGGCCGUCGGCUUCAAAAACGCCCUCACGACCCUGGCGACCAAGAAGACCACCGACGCCCCCGCGGCUCCCGGCCCGCCCCGCGGGGGGCGCUCCACGUCACACAGGCACAGGGCCAGGACAGAGCCGAAGGAGGAGCUCCGUGAAGCACAGGGUCCAGAAGAACCGGCCUGUAAGAGAGUCCGGGUCUCUACCGAGGCCUCAGAACCUGAGGAUGUGGAACCCUCAGACCCUGGAGAGGCAGAACCCUCAGGACCUGGAGAGGCAGAACCCUCAGACCCUGGAGAGGCAGAACCCCCAGGACCUGGAGAGGCAGAACCCUCAGGACCUGGAGAGGCAGAACCCUCAGGACCUGGAGAGGCAGAACCCUCAGACCCUGGAGAGGCAGAACCCUCAGGACCUGGAGAGGCAGAACCCUCAGGACCUGGAGAGGCAGAACCCUCAGGACCUGGAGAGGCAGAACCCUCAGGACCUGGAGAGGCAGAACCCUCAGGACCUGGAGAGGCAGAACCCUCAGGACCUGGAGAGAGGGGAUCCUCAGAAACCAUGGAACCUUCAGAGAAAGCAGCCUUAGUACUGAAACACUCCUCUGAGCUCAAGCUGCUCCUCUCCAAAAGGCCGUCUGUGGUGGAGCUGCUGAGAGAGACCGCCUCCAGACGCCUGGAGCCCCAAGACACCGAGGUUGUGCUAGGCUGCUGUGAGGACUCCGACCCCCCCUCGGUGCUGGACAGGCUGUUCAGCAGGGUGGGGGAGGGUGUGCUCAGUGAUGGGGGGCUGCUGCAGCUGCUGCAGGCCGUCCGGGACGCCUCCCUCCCCCCGCCGCUGCUCUCUCUGCUGGGGGAGGCGGAGCAAAGCUCACCUGAUGGAGGCGGGGCUUCAGGCAGCAAGGACGAGCAGGAGGAGGAGGAGGAGGAGGGUGGCGGCUCGAAGCAGGAGGCUGGAAAUGGUGCUGAGGCUAAGACUGAGUCGCUCUCCUCUCCAUCCUCCCCUCCAUCCUCUCCGUCCUCCCCGGCCAAGGCCUUGACCUGCCGCUGGUGCAAGAAGACCUUUGACUACAAGUGCCGGCUGGCGGCCCACGCCCAGCGCUGCUCGCUGUCCCAGGAGGGGCGGCAGCAGUGCCCCGACUGCCCCAAGAAGCUGCCCACCCAGCGGGCGCUGCAGCGCCACCGCGCCGAGGCGCACCGCGACGCCGCCGCCGCCAAGAAGAAGGUGUCCUGUGACCUGUGUGGGCGCAGCUUCGCCCAUCCCUCAGGGAUGAUUUACCACAAGCGGACGGAGCACUUCGAGGAGAAGCCGUUUGCUUGUGAGGAAUGUGGAGCCAAGUUUGGCGCCAACUCGUCCCUGAAGAACCACAUGAGGCUGCACACGGGGGAGAAGCCGUACCAGUGCAAGCACUGCGACAUGAGCUUCAGCGUGGCGGCGGCGCUGGCGUACCACACCAAGAAGAAGCACUCUGAGGGGAAGAUGUACGUGUGUCAGUACUGCAAAGCUGUGUUUGCGCAGUCCAUCGAGCUGACUCGCCACGUGCGCACACACACCGGGGACCGGCCGUACGUGUGUCGGCAGUGUGGGAAGGGCUACAGCCAGGCCAGCGGGCUGACCAUCCACCUGCACACCUUCCACAACUUGUCGGAGCCUCAGGACUGUCAGAAGUGUUGCCUGAGCUUCUCCUCCCUGGAGGAGCACCGGCGGCACAUCGAGGAGUUCCACCCGAAGGAGGUUCAUAGGUGCCCCACCUGCAGCAAGGUGUUCAGCAGCGCCGCCCUGCUGGACAAGCACAAAACCACACACGCCGGAACCAAGCCCUUCCGCUGCGACCUCUGCAACAAGUCCUACCAGCAACUGUCAGGCCUGUGGUAUCACAACCGGACCACUCACCCCGACAUCUACGCCAGCCACACCCGGCAGCUCAAGACCCUGGUCCAGUGUGACGUCUGCUCCAAGUUCUUCCCCAGCACCGCCAGCAUGGUCAAGCACCAGGCCGCCGAGCACCAAGGGUCGGAGGCGGCGGCGGGCCGCUGCCCGUUCUGCCUGCUGGUGCUGGGCGGGCCGGAGGAGCUGCAGGAGCACAUCAGCAGCCAGCAUGUGAGCCAGAGCAGCGAGGCCUUCAGCUGCCCGCUCUGCUCGCUGCUCUGCUCCUCGCUGCAGGAGCUGCAGGAGCACCUGCUGGCCUGCCACGUGGAGGCGGCGCCGGAGCAGCAGGAGCAGCAGGAGGAGGGGGGGAGGGGGGGGGAGGAGGAGGAGGAGGCCUCCACCUCCUACACGGUGGUCUCGGCAGACCCCUCAGAUCCCCGGGAGGAGGGGCCAGAGUCCGACGCCCCGCCCGAGGAGCAGCGGCCCCGGGGGGCCGGCCAGCACCUGCUGGUGGCGCUGCCCGGGCGGUCGGAGGCCAGGCCGGCCGGCGACCUGGUGGAGGUCAACAUGUACGAGCUGCUCAACAACUCCGUCGCCUUCAUCUGCGAGGGGAAAACAGCGGCUGAAGACCCUGAACCGGGUCCCUGAUCAGAAUCCAGACCGGAAAUAAUGACGGUGAUGAUCAUGUCUCCGUUCCAGAAAAGUAGAUGAAACGCUGCACGUGGUUUUAUGUAAUGUCACUGGAAAUAAAGACAAAUGUGG